UCGAGGAAAGACAUCAUUGUUCUUGAAAUGAUUCCCUAUAAGGGUUUGAUCUGAUGUUGGUGCUUUGCUUUGCUGUCGGCGAUCGACACUCGCACAACGACAGACGUUGAAUCUUGAUUCUACCCACACCUAGUGUGCUCCAAAUCUCCAUUUUCCCCGCUUCCUUGGCUCUCUUGAAUUUCCUAUCUAUCUGCUCGGCUCGUCAGCCACAGCGAACAGCCUCAACAUGUCCGACUUCGAGUCGGUACCCCUUCCCCCCAGCCUCAGGAAGCGCUUCUACGAGCCCGUCAUCUUGCUGGAUGCCCUCAGAGGGGUUUACCGGCAAGACGAGAGUAUUUCUGAGCCCGACCUGGAAAGUGGCACGGGCAAGUCUCAGAAGGAAACCUACUUCUGCUUCCUCAACAAGCUCAGCCAGAUUUGCGACAGCCAAAAAAAGAAGGACUUCGGCAAGACUGUCAGCGCCAUCGUAGUCCUGGAACCGGGCAGCAUCGAAUACCGCUUGGCAUCGAAUAAGCGGGAUAGCCGUGAGUUGGACACGGCUACCGAGUACUUGACCGACAUCUUGAACGUCCUCGGCCAUGUCACAGACCAGCAAGUCAAUGACAAGGCUUUUAUGGCCACCGUCUCCUCCGGGAUUUUGCACAAGAUCCUCGCCUUCAACCGCACUCGAGUCGAGCUUUAUUUAAACGACUUGGUUGAAAAUGACCGGCUGGAUUUCUGCGUUAACUCUUCCGCUACGGGCCAGACGGCGGACGCCAAGUCCGUUGCCGAAGCACUGCGCAGUCUCCAGCCACACAUCCAAGCAGCCAGGGGCGCUUCACAACUGAGCAAUGAUGAUUUCGUCCGCCACUCAGAAGCCCUCCUCCAAACCAUCCACAAGCACUACGAACCCACGCUAGAAGACUACAUGAAGCAGAAGACACGCGGCGAGAACAACAUGGUCGACAGCCCCUGGAACGACGUCCGACACGCGCUCGGCCGUCUCCUUUCCUACUUCAUCGCCAUCAAGGUGCUCAUCUCGGCGCGCAAGUACUGGCCGCGCCUCUUCGUCGACUUCGAAGUCACCUCGAUCCCCUCCAGCCAACCCCAAUCCGACCCGCCCGCGAUCCGGCGCAACGCGAGCGGCAUCAUCAGCCGCAUGUCGCGCAGCAAGGCCGUGGCCGACGCCUACCAGGAGCGCGCCCGGCACCUGCAAGCGCACAAGCUCGACGAGCGGAUCCGCGACCGGGUCAAGCCGAACCGCUUCCAGCCCAUCGUGCACGCCGAAGUCAACCUCCUGACCUCGGUGCUCGCCUCCCAGGCGGCCGCGGAGCGCGACGGCGAGGACCCGCUGCGCUUCUUCCACGAGGCCGAGUUCGGCGCCUACAUCGGCAGCAGCAAGCCGACCUGCCUGCUGUGCGCGCAGUACUUCAAGGCCCACCCCUCGGGCGUCGCCUGCCGCGCCUCCCACGGCAACCUGUAUUUCAACUGGCGCGCGCCGGAUGUGUCGGUCGACGACGGGCCCGCCGCCGACCAGCAGCGCCGCGACAUCCUCGAGGCCAUGGUGAAGGAGGUCCGCAACGAGACCACGCGCGCGAUCCUCGAGCGCUCGUAUACCCGCCGCAAGCACGACUCGUGGGAUACGCCGUCGAAUCCGCUGAGGAGUAGUACCGUUGGGGCGACGCUGGGUUGGGGAGCGGAGGAGGAUGAGUUGGCGAGUCGGAUGGGCCAGGUGAAUCUGGAUACUAGGGGGUCGAUGAGGAGUGGCGGGGUGAUGGGGACGGAUAGGAGGUCGGCGAGGAGCGGAGGGGGGAUGGGUGUGGAUAGGGGUUCGGUAAGGAGCGGAGGAGGGUUGGAUAUGCUGGCAAGGGCGAGGGGGAUUGAUCAAGCGUCUACGAUGGGCCAGAUCAACGAUACGUCUUCGAUGAGGGCUUGGAGUGACGGGUCGCGGGAGACGACCCCUGAGGCUCCGACGCAUGUUGAGGAUAACGAGGAAGAUGAUGACGAGGAUGGCGGAGGCGCGAAGCUCUGAAAGGUGGACGAGUUCUGUGCCGUGUUUCGGGCGACGGUUUCGGCCCGCAGUCUCUUUUUUCAUAUAUAUUGUGUGUACGUCGGUUAUGAUCUUAACGCCAGGGAUUUCGCAUCAAAUCAUUACUUCGUCUCGCU